AGACUUCUCAAAAACUACAUCAGCCACUCUGAAAAUCUGGGUCCAAAGAUCCGUUACACAUAUCUCAAUUCUAUACAUAUAUACAUACAUAUACAUAAAUGUUUUUCUUUUCUUUUUGUGACAGAAAAUUUUGAUUUGUCUUUUCUGUAACUUUGUUCUCUUCUAUCUAGAUCUAACCUUAGAUUGUUCUGAGGUUUUGUUUUACUUUUUUCGUUGUGCAUUUCUAUAUAGAUUUGUAAAUUUCUGUAUUAGUUUCUUGUUAAUUAGUAGAAGUAAAGAGAUCUGUAAGUAUAUUAUUUUCCUUUCUGUACACAAUUUUCUCGGGAAAAUUUUGAGGUGAUUGAUCCGUGUUUAUUUGAGAUCAUUCCCUGUUUUUUGCUUUGUUAUUUGCUUUAAUUUUCUCGGACUUUAUUGCACUUUCUCUUCUCUGAUUCUGAAAAUUUCGGAUAUGGAGCCAGUUCUGUUGCAAUAUUCAUAUCCAGAUCAAUCGAUCUCUUCACCAUACAAGCAAAUCAGAAACCCUAGCAGAAACCACAGCGCUCUCAUUUCUCGACCUUUCGAGAACUUCGCUUUUCGCGGAGGUGUUCUUCGCGCGCCACCACAUUCUUCUAUCUCAUUUUCGUAUCCUCCAUCGAUCUCACUUCUCAACAAUCCACAACAACAACCUCCUCUUCUUCCUCUUCCGAUCCCCAAACCUAAUCACAACAAUUCUCGAACCAGAGGCUUUUCGUGCUCUCCGAUCAAUCGAAAAAUCAACAACAGAAAUAGAGAUCAGUCUCUGACUCCGAAGAAAUCGAAGCAAUCAUCAUCAUCACUCAGUCCAAAAAAAGGAGGUUCGAAACGAGAUUUGUUGAAAUCGACGAGAGACUCAACUGAGCGUUUGAUUGUUGAGUCGACUAACCGGAUCGGACCGGAUCCGAAGGCGCUUCCGAAGGAUGUUUCUAGGGUUUUAUCAUCAUCUUCUAGUGAUUUGGAGAAGUUUUCAGGUUCAGUAGUGUUUACUCUCUCUCCUCCGCCGAGCAGCUUGCCUUUGCCCACUUUUUCACUCAGGCCAAAGCUCUGUUGCAACGCUGAGGCUGCCGGAAUCGACGCCGGAGCAACUGAUAAUCUCCGGCGACUUCUACGACUCCGGUGAAUAACAAACAAUACGUACGUAUCUUUGUUUUCGGUUGCCACGGUUGAUGGGGUGGUGAAGAAGGUAGUUUGGGUAUUUAUGUAAAUAAGAGCAUAAUAUGGUGAUAUAAUUUUUCUUUUUUUUUUUUAAUUUAAAUAUUGUGGGUUGUGUAAUUUUGUGGUCACCGCCUGAAUUUUUGAAUUGGGGGUGCACAAAUUUUUAGGGCUUUUUUGUUUUUGUUUUUGUUUUUGUUUUUUUUUCCUGAAUGUAGUGUGAGUUUGGUGAUAAUAUAUAAAAUCUUGUUGUUGGAUUAA